CGCAGAAGGGGGGCAACCCAACCCGCGAACGACCCACAAGGUCGCGGCCCAGCCAUCAGGGCAGGGGAGUGGGAGUGAGGGUUUCCCUUACCGCCGCCAUCCCCGCCGCGGCCGGCGCCGGAGUCAGAGGAGAAGCGGGCCAAGGUCGUCGCGGUCCGAGGCUGGGCGAGAAGCGGAGGCUCGAGGACCCGAAACGUUGCAAUGAAAGGGCUAUACGGCGAGGAUUGCAAGAGAGGCGGGGAGCACGCCGGGAGCGCGCCCGGGCUGCGAGGAGGAGUGCCGACCGAGCCGGCCAAGCCGAUGGGCGGCGCAGCCAUCGCGACAUGCCAGGAGAAGCGAGCACGACCCUGGUCGGACCGCCCCGCAACACCCCAUGCUGGAGCGCAGCGGCGGCAUGCGGUCUGGGGUCCCAAGGAGGUUGCUUUCCGGGGCAUCCGCGGAGGCGCCGCCGCGGCGGGCCAGCGGGGAUGCGAGAGAGUACCAGGGCCACCACACCGAAGCGGAUAUAGGCGAGCAGCCUCAACAUCGUCCAUCUCCGUGAGAUCGAGGAGAGCAAUGAGAUGGGCACGUAGGUGCUCCCGGCUGUUGACAACAAGGGCAAGCAACCCCUUGAUCCAAUGCCCGAGGAGGUUGUGCUGCCGCCCACCGCCAAGGAAGAACCGAAGACGCCUGAGGUUGGCGACGACGAGCACAUGGAGGAGCUCCCCAGCAACAAGCGCCGCAACUACGACCACUACCAUGAGGAGGAUGGCCCAACUCACUUAUGUUCAUCCUUGCACCGAAGGUUUGAGUGCAUCCCCAUGCCCCUGGACUUCACCAAGCACUUCGUCGCAGUGUCGACGGAGUUCAAGCUCAGGAACAACACCGACUGCUCCUGGAAGGUGACGGUGAAGCUGAUGAACGGCAGGGUGACCCUGGAUCAGGGUUGGGCCACCUACGCAGCCGUUCAUCAGAUCAAGAUCGGCUACAUGCUGACGUUCAAGCUCCUCACUCCCGACACCUUCAAGGUCAUCAUCUUUGACGACGAUGACAUUGAGGUCGUCAACAAGUGCGGGAAGCACGACGAAGCCUUCGCCGCCAAGGACUAGGGCUGGGUCACCUCCUUCCUAAGUACUACCAAGUCUGCUUUGAACUGUUUAUGGUUUAUGCAUUGAACUGUUAUGAAGUGUGGUACUGCUUAUCUGAAAUAUAUUGUUAAGUCGUU